UGGUGGCGCUGGGGUGGGGAGGUGGCUCUGGUGGCACUUGGGGACCUGGGGGUGACCCCACCCUGUCCCCAGUGUGGCUUUUCCCAUAAGGUGCCACCACCGGGUCCGUUCCCACCGGAGCCAGCACGCCUUGGGGUGAAGGGAUGGACUGUCCCCACGGGGAAUCCCACAAAAAGCGGAAGGGAGGGAAAAAUUAAUCCCUGAGGAAUUUGGGGUAGGAAAACUUCAAAUCCUUGUCCUGCCCUGCUAAAGGCAAAGGGCUCCAGGAAUGGUGGAAUUAUUUGAAUUUUGGUUUUAAUAUUCGAGUUAAUUUGCAUUUUAAACAUGUCUGGAAUUCCAAGUGGGAUGAAACCUGGGAAAGGCCGAGCGACCCCACAACAUCAUCCCUGUUUUUUGGGUUUCUUGGCAGCCAGGGCACAAGAACCCCAAGCCUUGGAGGUGAACGGAGCCGUUGGCGGGGUGGCAUUUCUGAACCCCCGCAGCCCCCAAGAUCCCUCGCAAUAUUCCCAAAUCCAUUGGCGCUGGGAAAACCAGGUGACAAUCGCCAGCUGGAAACGGGGGCAGGAGCCCAUGUACCCCAAAAGCCGCUUUUUGGGGCGUCUGGAGCUUUUGGACAACCACACUCUAAAAAUGAGUGACCUGAGUGUCGGGGACAGCAGCGAGUACCGCCUGUACCUGGAGGAUGACACCGGCAAGGAGAGCGUCCAGCGGGUCCGGCUGAGGGUCUACGAUCUGGUCCCGAAGCCCCACGUGGGGGCCACCACCAGCGGCGACGCCCAGCAGUGCAACGCCACCCUCAACUGCUCCGUGUCCCUCCAAGGGGUCACCUACGAGUGGAUCCCGCUCCAGAAUCUCCCGAGGAACGACGGCCCCGUCCUGAGCGUGUCCUUCAACCCCGCCGUGGAGACCUACGUGUGCCGGGUCAGCAACCCCGUGUCCUCCAACAACGCCUCGCUGACCUACCGGCCGCCCUGCAGCUGGACAGGGGAAUCCUCAUCCGUCACCUGUGCCACGCCCAGCGCCCUGGUGACCCUGGGACACCUCGUCCUGCUCUUCCUCCUGCUCCCCGUGGCCUGAGUCACCGCACAUGACACCUCCUGUCACCUCCAGUCACCUGCUGUCACCUACUGUCACCUGCUGUCACCUCCUGUCACCUCCUCACCUUCCACUGCCAUGGGGACAACGCCUGGAUGAGGAUCCCAAAAUCCUCGGAUUCAGGAAAACGCGGUUGUUCAACUGGAAUGGAAUCGCUGGAAUUAUUUCAUUGAUGGUUAAUUGGAAAACGGGAAUUGUUUAAUUGACAGUUAAUAUCGAAAUGGGAAUAAUUUCAUUUAUGGUUAAUUUGGAAAUUGGAAUUAUUUCAUUUAUGGUUAAUAUGGAAAUCGUCCCUGAACUAGAAUUCCGAAUUUGGAAUUUUUCCCUGAAAUCUGCAGGCGGACCCAAUCUGAGCCUUUUCCGGGGUUUCCUGGAAUUUUGGGGGGAUCCUCCUUUAUUUGGGAUGUCCUCAAAGGGCAGAGCUGAGGUGGCACCUUUAGUUCUUUCUGCUCAUGGCACAGCUCAGGCCAGAAUUAACCUAGCUCGGGCCGUAGCCCCCGUUCUGACAGACCUCAAAGCGUCCGUCCCGGUCCCGGCAGACUCCGAGCACCCGAAUAUAUCCUGUUGCUUUUCCCCUAAUGUGAUCUUGGUGGAACCUCCAGAUGUAGCUGAAAGGCUUGGCAGCAGCGAAUGAACACAGCAACACAGGCUUCAUCCAGAAAGCAGAAGAAGCGAUUUAUUGCAGGAGUAGACACAUUUUUAGACACUGGUUUGCAGAAUCAAGGAUAGAAUUAAACUCAUUGGUCUAAGGAAGGCAACGCGUAUUGUAAAGAAGCUUUUACCAAAACAUCACGUUCCUCACAUACUCCUCCUGUCCACAACACCUGGUAUUAAACUUUGUUAUCAA